GAGUAUGCUGAUACCCCUGUUGUAAUGCUAGUAGUGGGUAACUCCUCCUAACUAUCGACAUGUAAAGGAAUGGCUCAAGAUAAUUAUAGGGAAGUCAUUUCUGUUGAAUCUAGAUCUACUAUUAAAAGAGGUUAUAGUUCAGAGUUGAUGAUGUGAGGGUCAAGACAGUUCACUACAAUACUAACAAUAAUGAAAAACUGUUAUCUCAAUCAGCUGUUACACAAAAUAAUUGUUAUCGUAGUGUGUGCCCAAAUACAUCUGACAAAUGGAGAAAUCCAUCGGGCCAAAUCAACACCACUUAAAAGCGUUAAGCGGGCCGAAGAUUCGACACUUGGCUUGCGAGAUUUUGACACUGUAUCAGACGUGGCAAAGAUGAAUGAAGAAGGUUUACCAGUUCACGACGGAGGAGGGGAAUCUAUUCUUAUACCUCGACAAACUUACGAGAUUUGGAUCUACUCAAUUUUGGCGGCGAUAUUAGUUGGAUUGAGUGGUAUAUUUCCAUUAUUGGUGAUACCUCUAGAAUCUGGACAAGCACUCAAGCAUGGAGCUCCUGCCAAAAAGCUGCGGCUGAUGCUGAGUUUUGCUGUGGGGAGUUUACUGGGGGACGUGUUCUUACACCUGCUGCCUGAGGUCUGGGCCCACAUUGAGAUAGAUGACCACGGGUCACACAGAAGAGUGGGUCUAUGGGUCAUCACUGGACUUCUCUCCUUUAUGAUCAUUGAGAAGCUGAUGGGAGAUGAGCAUGAAUUUGAUCCUUUGGAGGACACAUGUGAUGAGGUGCUAAAAAAAAAUGGCGUCAAGCACAAGACCCAGGUGACCCACAGGACCCCAGCGGAAGCGGGUCAGAGAAAAAACAAGAAGGGAAACUCUAAGAAACACAAACAGAACACAUCCAGGUUAAAAGUGGGAGAAUCUCUACACAAUGGUUAUAAAACUCAGCAGCUAGCCAAUGGUGGCAAAAAUACAAAUUCAAAUAACAACAGAACAGAGGCAAAUUAUAAUGAAGAUUCUGGCAAUAACAACAUUAAAGUAAGUGGUUACCUCAACUUGAUGGCAAACGUGGUAGACAACUUCACCCAUGGUCUAGCUGUUGCUGGAAGCUUUUGUAUCAGUACUAAGGUUGGCCUGAUCACAACUUUGGCCAUCCUGCUCCAUGAGAUUCCACAUGAGGUCGGUGACUUUGCAAUCCUGCUCAGAUCUGGCUUCAACAGGUGGAAGGCAGCUAAAGCCCAGUUUCUGACAGCAAGUGGUGGGGUUGUUGGUGCUAUCACAGCUCUGAGUGCAGAAUCAGCACAAAUUGCAGGGGACAGAACUGCCUGGAUUCUGCCUUUCACAUCUGGGGGGUUUAUGUACAUUGCCCUUGUUACUGUAGUACCUGACCUUUUACAGGAAAAACAUGGAGGUGAAUCCUUGAAGCAAGUUGGCUGUAUAUGUCUGGGUGUCUUAGCUAUGGUGAUAGUAACUUUAGCCUUUGAUUGAAAACAUCAACUGCUGGUAGUAGGAUCAAACUCAGCUGAUGUCAAGUGUCUUUCAAUUCAACUGCCGGCCAUAAUUUCUGCUGAGAUGGGCUAGCUGUUGGACCAUUGGACUUGUGAUACCAUGAUAAUAGAAAAGCAAUACAAUUAUCAAGGAGGGGGCUCAAUGCAUAAUCAGUGUGUUUUUUUUAAAUGGUCACCUCCUCCCUACCUUCUUGGUGAAGCAGUUCAGAUGUCAAAAAAUUUCUUAAAAUCUGAAUAGUAUUUUUUGAGGAAAUUUUUGUUUUGAACGUAACAGCCAAAUAUUGUAGAGGCAUGAAAUUGACUUGCUUUAGCCUUAGCAGUUAUACAUUCAUGACAAUUAUUAACAUUUUAUAACUUGCAUUCAUCAUGACAAUUACUAUAUUAUAUUUGCAUUUUUAAUAUAGCAUUUUAAAAAGAUACUUUGUAUUAUUUACAAACUUCCAAGUAAAUUGUUUACUAAAUUUUUUUGGAAGAUAUUUCUAGUUAUAGAAUAAAAAUUGUGUGUACUGUAUAAAGCCUCAGCACACAUUCUGUACUGAGGCAUUACUCAAACUGAACUUACUUACGUUUUAUUACAGAAUUAUAAUUUAUUGUAUUUUUUUAAUGAGAACAAAAUCUUAAUCAGCGAUUAAAUGUUGUACGCUACUAGGUUUUUUUUUAAAGUUUCCAUAUCAAUUAAGUAAACAACUUUCAUUAGCUGCUUCAGUUAACAUUUUGUAGCUGACAUUUAGAUUCAAUCUGAUCAAACAGCCAACUAGGAACAAAUGUCUGAGUGUUAUAUAAAUAUAAGAAAUAUUUUUUCUGUUUACAUUUCUUUUACUGAAGUAAUGUUUUAAGUCUACCUAUAGUCUGAAAGUUUUUAAAACAAUUCUACUAUAACUCCUGCUAUAAAACACUAUAGUUUAACAAGAAUAACAGUUUAUGCUAUGCCAGAACAAUUAUAAAACAAAAUAUAAAACAAAUCAUUAUCGAUCAAAGAAAAGUGGAAAUGAAAUCCUUUAUUCUCAAGGCUUUCAUUCUGAUGUGUAAUCCAUGUUCAUUUUAUUUAUAAAUAUGGCAAAAUGAAUUUAAUGUUUAUGUAUAGAUGCAUGUUACAUUUUUUAAAACAAACUUCAAUUACAAUGUUAUUUGUUAACUUUCACGGAGGCAUAUCAAUUAUGUACUUUUUUAAUGAAUACAUUGUUAUAAAUGCCAAAAUACUCUUUGCUCUUCUAACUCUUCCUAGUUUGUCAAUUUUUGCAGAUUGAGCUAUCCAUUUCAGCCUAAUCUCCCCAAAAGUUAAACUAAAUUUUUACACUCCUUUUAAAACAAUUCAGUAUUUCAGUAAUUAUUCUGCAAAUGGUGAAGGAACGGCUGAACUAAUUUAAUCAGGUUUCAGCUCCAAGUUGGGAGAUAUCAAUGCCAGAUUUUGGUAAUGCAUUUUUUCCCCCAUGAUGAUUGUAGUUUUUUUUAAUAUCUAAAAGAAAUCAAAUGCAUUUAAGUUUCAUGACAGCAGUUUGUUGUGAUUAAAUUUGGUCUGUGUGUUGUGUUACACUUUAAUUCCAUAUAUUUACUUCCCUUAUGACUUCCUGAAAAAUGUGGUACGGAAACACUGUUGUUUAACUGAAAGAAGUCAAUGUUGAAGUAUUACUUCUACAUGCUGGGAGUUGCACAGAAAAUGAUUUCUCCUGACAUCAAUGGCUAAUUUUUCUAAUAAUAGCAUCAGUAAUAACUUGUAAUUGUAAGCAUUUCUCUUUUCAUUAUUGUAUAGAUAAAAACUUCUUGGUCAGCCAUCUUGAUAAUUUCAACAAUUUAAUUUCAACAAUUUUAACACACAAUAAUUAAGCUUCAAAUAAGCUUGUUUCUAUACAUUAAACAAAGUUUUAAAUUUCUUGUAACUUAAAAAAACCUGUCAACUCAGUGGUUUCUAUGGACAUGAUCCAAAUAUAGGGCACUUUCUGUGAAUAAUCCUAAGCACUAUGUACAUCUGCAUUUACUUUCCCUGAUGUGUCAGGUACUAACAAGGGCUGGGUGGACUCAGGAACAUACUCAAGAUGGCCUCAAAGUUUAUAGAAUUAGCUAUCAUGUCAUUAUCUUGAUCUUAUAGGUACAAAGAUGCACAAUUGUUGAUCUUAUUUGAAUUCAUGGUAUAUUGGUAAAUAGGGCUAUUCAUUUAUGGCACAAGGUUGAUGUGUCUUCAUGCCCCUGCCACUAUGCUGCCCAUUAUUCUUAGGGUCAAAGCAUUAUGUGAAACACAGGGUAGAGCUUUUGAUAGAAUUUGUUUUUUGUCUAACAUGUAUGAAGGUUUGUUAAGUUGUAAAAGACAGAAUAAAGCAUUUAACAAGUGAUGAC